AUGGAACUCCAUGCUUUUGCAGAUAGCUCAGAAAAGGGAUACGCUGCCGCUAUUUAUUUACGAACCAUAUCAUCAAAUGGCAUCACUUGUCACCUAAUUACAGCGAAAACUAAAGUGGCCCCACUAAAGCGUGUGACUAUUCCACGAUUAGAACUGUGUGGUGCACUACUGGCAAAUACAUUAUUAAAAACUGUUCAAGUCGUGUUAUCACCCGUAAUUAGCAUUACACGUACAUAUGCUUGGACUGACUCAAUGACAACUUUGGCUUGGAUUAGAUCUUCACCUCAUCGAUGGACAACCUUUGUCGCCAAUCGAGUUAGCCAAUUGCAAGAGUACACCGCCCCAUCUAUAUGGAGGUACGUUCCGACAACCGUCAAUCCGGCGGAUUGUGCGUCAAGAGGCCUCUUUCCAGCUGACAUACUAUCACAUUCUCUAUGGUGGGCAGGACCAACAUUCCUUUAUAAAGAUUCAAAUGAAUGGCCUUCAGAAAAAACCCUCAACGAUGACAACAUGGCACAUCCAGAAUCCAGACUUACGGUCACAUUAGUAACAACGCCCACGAAUAAUUUUCUUAGUCAUUUGUUAAAUCGAUUUUCAUCAUUAUCCAAAAUUAUAAGAAUAAUUGGGUAUUGUCGUCGAUUUAAAACACACCACCACCUAACAACGAUCUUAACACCAGUGGAACAAAAUGAGGCGCUGAAUAUCAUCAUCAAAUCAGUUCAACAAGAUGCCUUUUAUGAUGAUAUACGCCUUCUGUCAGCGAAGAAAUUAUGCAGCCUUCGUCUUCGUAGACUAAGCCCCUUCCUUGAUUCCUCGGGUAUUCUACGAGUAGGCGGACGCAUCAUGCAUGCAUCACUUCCAUACAACCAGAAGCAUCCAGCUUUAAUUCCAAAACGGCAUCCAUUCACGGUAUUACUUAUUCACCACUACCACAAAGAAAACCAUCACCCCGGAGCCACUACACUUCAACAAUUAAUUCAACAACAAUUUUGGAUCAUGUCAGUACGCCAAGUGAUACGAUCGCAAUUGCGUUUCUGUAUUCCUUGCUAUCGAGUACGUCCCAAAGCCGUCCAACCAGUAAUGGGAAACCUGCCAAAGUACCGAUUGCAGCAGAUCAAGCCAUUUCAUCAAACAGGUAUAGAUUAUGCAGGCCCUAUUAGUUUAAAGGAACGUCGAUCUCGUUAUUCUCAGAUCAAGCAGGCAUAUAUUUGCUUAUUUGUGUGUAUGAGUACAAGGGCUCUGCAUAUUGAGGUUGCGUCCGAUUUAACAACCGAAACGUUCCUUAUGGCAUUCACCCGUUUCGCUGCUCGCCGAGGACCAAUCCAGGCAAUAUACAUUGAUUGUGGUACCAAUUUUGUGGGAGCAUCUCGACUGUUCAAAUCAGUUGAUGAAUAUCAAAACGCUAUAACCAAUCAUCUUGCCACACAUCAUAUUCAAUGGCACUUCAAUCCACCAUCAGCUCCACACUUCGGAGGUUUAUGGGAAGCAGGUGUCAAAUCCGAACCCAGUACUACUAUCCCAGAUCCAGAUCUGUCAACCCUUCCACUAUCUAAGAUGCAGCGCUGGCGGCUCAUCCGAGAUAUCCAUCAACAUUUCUGGAGUAAGUGGAAAAAUGACUUUAUUAAUACUUUGCAACAACGCUUAAAAUGGACAAAGUCCAAUGGAACCUUGCAUCAAGAUGAUCUAGUUCUCAUCAAGGAACCAACCAACUCACUUCAAUGGAGACUUGGUCGAGUCAUGCAACUUCACCCAGGAACCGAUGGAAUAAACCGUGUUGCUACUGUCAAAACCGCUAUUGGAUCAUUCAAACAUCCCACCAACAAGCUCUGUCCACUUCCACAACUUUAA